AUGUCGAAAAUGAAUGCAGUCCGUUUCUACGGCCAACGCGACAUCCGUCUCGAUCAGAUCCCCGUUCCCUCCGUCAAGCCCGGCCAGGUGAAGAUCGCCCCCAAGUUCUGCGGCAUCUGUGGCUCGGACCUUCACGAAUACCUCGGCGGCGCGAAUCUGAUCCCCCAAGAGGGCCAUCCACACCCCAUCACUGGCGAGACCCUGCCUCUGACGCUGGGCCACGAAUUCAGCGGCGUGGUGGAGGAGGUGGGCGAAGGCGUCAAGAACGUCAAGCCCGGUGACCGCGUCUGCGUGCAACCUACCAUCUACGACGGCAGCUGUCGUGCCUGUAAGAGAGGGCUGGUGAAUUGCUGUGACAAGAAUGGAUUCGUGGGCCUGAGCGGUUGGGGCGGUGGGUUGUGUGAACAUAUGGUCGUGCCCGAGAGCUGCGUCAAGCCGUUGCCGGAUAACAUACCGUUGGAGGUUGGUGCCUUGAUUGAGCCAUUGGCAGUGGGCUGGCAUGCCGUCGACAUAUCCCCCUACAAGGAGGGCGACUCGGUUCUCGUGCUGGGAGGCGGCCCCAUCGGCCUUGCGGUCGUGCAGGCGCUGGUUGGCAAGGGAUGCAAAACCAUCAUUGUCAGCGAGGUCAGUGGCCGGAGGAGAGAAUUUGCAAAGCAAUUCGGUGCACACCAUGUGAUUGAUCCGGUCAAGGCAGAUGUCGUGGAAGAAGUCGAGCGCUUGACAAACGGCGAGGGCGCCGAUGUCGGGUUCGACGCCGCUGGGGUGCAGGUUGCGGUGGACACGGCAUUCAAAGCGAUCAAGGCGAGAGGGACGUUGGUAAAUAUCGCCGUGUGGGAGAAGAGGGCGACGCUGCAGAUGAAUGAUAUUGUGUUUCGGGAGAGAGGGUAUAUGGGCGUAGCCACCUACGCUCUCGGCGACUUUGAAGCCGUGAUCAAAGCCAUCUCAAGCGGUGCCAUGAAACCCGCGGGCAUGAUCACCAAGACGAUCAAGUUGGACCAGGUCGCCGAGGAAGGCUUCAAGACGCUCAUCGAGGACAAGGAGAACCACGUCAAGAUCCUGGUCGAUGUCGGAUCGGGGAUCUAA